AUGUCUUUGGUUAUCAGAAUAACGAUCGUUAGUUUGUUUCAUUUAUUUCUGAUUAAAGGAUCAGACAUAUAUGAAGACCAUCUUUUAGAUUUAAAAUCUUAAAAAAAAGAAUAUCAAUUUGAAUUAGGCAUUGAGAAUAAAUUCGCAUUUUGGAGCUUAUGCAUUCCAACUCAAUAAGUAAGUUAAUUUACAGAUGGAGAAAAUUAGUAAUUAUUUUACAUAAGAAAUAAUGUUAAUUAAGAUCUUAUAAUAGCCAUGUUUGUGUCCGUAGUAAUUAGGUCACCUUAAGUAAGUCAUAAAAUCUAUUUUCGUGAUAUGAUUCAGUAUUAAGAUUAUAAUCCUUUAUAAUAUGAAGGAACAUGGAUACUGACAAUGAUAACAAUGAAAAAAAAAGAAAUUUCAAUAUAAACUUUAAAUAGUGACAUCAUUCAUUAUUACACAUCAUUAUAUGAAAUUUUCAAUAUUUAAUUUGUGCUUGGAGAUACAAGACUUAGAGUAAGUUUAUUCUUUAAUUUAGGUUUAAGAUUUUUAUUUAGGAGCAUUUAGAGGUAGAAUUUCUUAAUUAAUGAUGAUUGAAGAAAACUUAGCUUUUGAUGAUUAUUUUAAUAACAAUAAAAUACCUCCAAAAAUAUAAGGAUAAUAAACCUAAGAAUUAGUUUCAGGAAUUUAAACCUUUAGGGGGGAAACUUAACUUAAAAUUGAAAUUGAAUAAGUGGGUAAGAAUUUUUAUAUAUCUGGAUGGGCCAAAUAUGAUUCAGUUGAUUAGAAUUCUUUAAUUACAUACUUAUUACUUAGAAUGAGUGUUUUUAAAAGUUAUACAAAUGAAAUUAGAGUUGGAGAUGAGGUAGCCAAAAUAUUGGUAGAUAUUGAUAAAUCUAAUCAAUUCUCUGGAUAUACAAUUGUAUCUUAUCAUUAUGCUACUCCAAUUUUAUAAUAUAUAUAAAAUUUAGAAAAUGAAAAAAAGUUUGUGUCAUUAGAUUUAAAGUAGUUAAUGAGUUGGCAUUUUAUCAGUUUUGAAUACUCAUCUACUUGGAAUAUAAAAACUAAAUUUUUAAUAUCAUACUUUGAAUAUUCAAAUAUAUUUCAUAAAGAAAUAAAUUUAGGAACUGAAAAGUACAAUAAUUUGUUUAUCAAUACAAAGUAUUAUGUAACUAUUGGGAGUGAUAAUAUUAAAUAUUUCUCAAAACUAAAGGGUUAAAUAUUUAAUCUUUAAAUACAUUAUAAUUAUGACAAUCCAAAGGAAUUUAUUUAAAUAUGUCAUCAUAGUUGUUAAGAAUGUAAAGGUCCCUCCUCUAAUGAUUGUAUAUCCUGCUCUGUAAAUCAAAAUAGAAUAUACAUAAAAGAUUUUAAUUAGUGUCCGUGUUAAUUAGGAUAUUUUGAAGAUGACAAACAUUGUAAAUCAGUCAUAGAUUUUAAUCCCAUUUUAAUUUUAAAAAAUGUUGAAUCAAAAAAUUAAAGAUGCCCAUUUGGAUAUUUUAUGUUACCUGAAGAUGAAAAAUGCAUUAAAUGGUAUUAUAUAUUUUAAUUAAUUAUAUUAGCCCAUAAGAAUAUAUCAGAGGCUUUGAUCUUAUUUGUGCAGAAUGUCUUUAAUACCCAACAACAUGGUAUAAAAAAUUAAAUUGUUAAUCUGAUUAUUACAUUUAAAUGAAAUCAGCAAAUUAAUUUACUUAUAGAAUAAAAUAAAGAUAACCUAAAGAUUACGAUUUAUAUUUGAUUGAUGAUAAUUUUGAAUUACAAUAUAUUGAAGGAGCAGAAGAACAUUGUACAUAGAAUUUUAAUCUAAAUUCUUUCUGUAAUGAAUUAGAUACUAAUUUUCUUGUUUCUAAAGUAAUUUCAGUGAAAUGUAAAUCAAAUUAUUAUCAUAACCCUAACCCUUUUCGUAAGUGUUUACUUUUACCAAAAGGAUGUGUGAUUAUGUACGAAAGUUGUGAAAAAUGUGACACAGGAUAUGAAUUGAAAGAUGAUCUAUGCCAAGAAAUUAUAUAAAUUACUUGUAAUAAAGGAUAUACAUUUUCUAAUGAAUUAAAUAAGUGUAUUUAAUGUGGUAAAAAUUGUAUGGAUUGUUAAUAUUAAUAUAAUGAACUUGGCUAAGGAUACCCUAGAUGUUUAAGAUGUGUACAUCAUUAAAAAUAUUAUAUUUCGAUAAAUUUUACAGAUUGUUUAGAAAAUUUAAUCGCAAACUGUCUUUAUGCUUUUGAGGCUACGUAAGAUUAUAAAAUAAAUUCUUUUGAAUUUGACCUUAAUAUAAAUACUUAAUCUGCAACUAAAACAGGAUGUGCUAGAUGUUCAGAUGGAUUCUUUUUUAAUGAAUACACACAAUUAUGCUAAAAACAUACAAAUCAAUAAUGCUAAUAUGGUUAUCAACUUAUAUUAUAUAAUGAGAUGAUUUGUUUUUAUGGAAUUAAAAGCUAAAAUAAUAGUCCUUAUUCAUUUAAAGAAGGAUGUGGUUAAUUAAAUAAAGAUUGUAAAAUAUGUUUGGUUGGUUCAACAAUUUUAAAUGAAGAAUCUUAUUCAUGUCUUAUUUGUGAUUAAGGAUAUUAUUCUGAAAAAUCAACAGGUUAAUGUGUACCUUGUCCACUCUAAUAAUAUUGUUCAAAUUGUUAAUAAUAACAUAAAAUAGCUAAAGAUUUUUGGAAAACUGAAAUCUAAGCAUUCUAUAGAUAUAUUAUUGAUGAUAGUGUGUAAUCUCAUCCUUUUAUAUAAUAUGGAACUUCUUAAAAUUCUUAAGAUUAUGAAAUUAUUUGUAUCAAUUGUUUACAGGGAUAUGUACUUCAUAAUGAUAUGUGUAUCAAAGCAUGUCCAUAUAAUUGUUUAGAAUGUAUUAUUAUAAAUAAUGAAAAUGUUUGUAUUGAAUGUCCCACAACUUUUAAUGGCAAAAGCUUAAGUUUAUCAAAUAAUGAAUGUUUUCUUUGUCCAUCUAAUUGUGAAUUAUGUCAUAUAAGAAAUCAGAAUUAAAUUUAAGAAGUUAAUCCUCUCUUCAAUAAUGAAGAACUUUCUUAUUUCUCCAACUAGUGUCUAGGGUUUUAUUAAUGCUUUGAUAAUUAUGGUUUCAUUUCUAAUGAUUGUUAACAAAUUUAUUAAAAAAAGGAAAUUCAAAUCAAUCUAGAAUUAAUCUGUAAUGGCGAAAACGAUAAAUUAAUCCCAGAACAAAUUGUUCAGGUAUUUAUUAAAAUAAUAAUUUAUUUUAGUUUCAAACUAAAGAUUUUUAUUUACUCUUAAACUCACUUGAAAUCAAAACUAUUGUAAUUAAAAUUACAAGUUAUCAAUAAUAAGUUUGUUUUUUUAAUUUGAAUUAAACGUUUAUAUAAAUUUACAGUUAAAAUGUAUUUUAUGCUAUGUAAUUAUUUAUUUUAUAUAUUGAAGUAAUGUUCAAUUAGAAAUUUAUGGAAAUGGAUUUACAAAUUUUCAGCAAGGAUUUGAGGGCACAAUCCAAUUAAUUAACUUUAACAAAAUUCAUAUUGAAGGAAUAAUUAUUGAGUCUUAACUCAUUUAAAUUUCGUCAAAUUUUGAGCAAACAAUAGAAUUAAUUAAUAUUAAUUUUAUAUUAAAUUCCAUUGGAAAUCAGAAGUUUAUUGUAAUAAACAAUGCUACAAAUAUCUAUAUAGAUAACUUAAAUUUAUUAUAAAUUAUUAAAGCUUAUAGUGCUGAAGUUUUAAUAGAAUUUGGUUAUACUAAAUCACCUUAAGUAGUUUAAAUCUCCAACUCAUUAUUUUAAAUAGAGUUCACAAACUAUUAAUUAUUAAGAUUUAAUUUUAAAGAAAAUGACUAGGUAGAAUUCUUGAAUGUAAAAUUAAUUAAAUCUGAAUUCAUCUCAUCAAGCUUAUUAGAUCUAUAAAAUGGAAAAUUAAUAAUUAAAGAAAUGUUAAUAGAGAAUAAUACAAUAUAAAAUUCUAAUUUAAUCUCAAUCAGAGGAUCUAGUAAUUUUAUUUCUUAAUCAUUUUUGUUUAAUUCAAAUUCCAUUGACAAUUCCACAAUCCUGACACUUAAUAAUAACAUAAAUAUUUCUUAAAUAGAAUUCAAAAGAAUUUGCUAUCUAAUUAUUCAGUGUUAAUUAAUAAUAAUAAUAACAGCAUUCAAUUCUGUUAAAUUUAAUAAAUUUCCUUCAGUUUAAAUACUUAUGAAUAUGGUUCAAGACUUAUUCUAUUUAACAAUGAUAAUAACUAGUAACCAAAUAAGAAUUUAAUAAUAAAGAAUAUCAAAUUAAUUGGUAACAAAAUUUAAGAUAUUUCUAAAUUAUUAUAUUAGGAGAUGUUAAUUGUUUUGGAAUUUAUAAAUAUAUCGAUUCAUGAAUUAUAUAUUUAACGAUAUAUUGGAAUAAGCGAAUUUAAGUUUUAAGGUGUCCAAAAUUUAAUUUUAAAUAAAACUAUAAUCUAAAAAUAUUCAGAUUAAACUUAGGAAUAACUAUUUGUUAUUUUUGAGUGUGCUAAAAUAAAGGGUCUCCUUAACACCUCAAUAUUUAUAGAAGAUACAUUUAAUAUUGAAUUCAUAAAUCUUAAAAUUUUAAAUAUAGGGUCAGUGGAUUAUCCAAUAAUUAAUAUAUAUUAAAAAAAAUCUCAAACAUAAUUUAGUUUAUUUUUGAAGUUAUCUUAACUUAAUUUUUAUAAUAAUUUUUUAUUAACUUAAGAGAAGUAGACAACAACAGGGAUAAUAUACUUAAUGUCAUAAAGUAAUUAUUAUAUAUAAAUAUCUGAUUCGAUAUUUGAAAAGAAUUUAUUGCAUCAGUAUUAAGAAAAUUAAUUAUUUAUUUCAAGUUUACUUUUUAAUCUUGAUUGUUCGUUAUGUACAAUCUAUAUAAAAAACUUAACUGUGGAAUCUAACAUAGUUACAAAUUCAUCAACUAGUAUUAUAUUUUUGAAAGCAAAGAAUGUCAUUUUUGAAAAUUCAAUAUUUUAAAAAAAUUGCAUUUUUGAUUAUUAGAUUCUAUAACCUUUUUUAGUAUUUAAUUUUGACUAGGACUAAAAUUUGUUAUAUGAUAUAAUUACUAAUAUUCUAGAAAUCAAGGUUUCUUCUGGUAAUGCAAAAAUAAUUGGUGAACAAAUUACGAUAAAAAAUAUUUAAAUUAAUAAUUCAUCUGGGUCAGGAUUUAAUAUAAAAAUGGAGAAUGAAGCCAUAUUACUUAUAGAGAAUGCAAAUUUCAGUAAUUUAAUAUCAGAAACUACUAAUGGAGGAAUCUUAUUAAUUGACUCUUCUUAGGCUACAUCCACAAUUAUAACUGCAAACUAUAUUUCUAUGAUAAAUAUAAAAAAUAAAAAUAAAGGGGGAUUUAUAUAUUCAUUAAAUGGAAAAGGAGUUACAUAAAUUAAUCUAUAAAAUCUUUUUGUAGAAAAUUUAUAUUCAUUAAUAGGUUCGUUAUUUUAUGGAGAUUUUGUAGCUUCAAAUGUUGAAACCUCUUUUAUAGUGAAAAAUUUGCAAAUGAAAAAUUCGAUUCUAGAAUAAUUACAAUUUCUUAACACUUUUAGUAACUAAGAUGAAAGCCAAUAAUCGGUUAUUAACUAACUAGGAUCAAGAUCACUUUUUUUGAUAUCUAAUUUUAGAAUCAUUUCUUUAUAAAAUUUAGAAAUUAAUUAACUGUUAUAUGAAUCAGUAUUAACAAUAAGAGGAGCAUAAAAUAUUGCAAUUAAAAAUAUGAAAAUAAUUCAAUCCUCAUUUUUGAAUUAUGCAAUAUUUAUAAAUUAAAUGAGUAUUAGUUCUAAAUUGUAAUUUUACAAUAUUUCAAUAUUUAAUAUUACCAUUAGUAGUGAUAUUAUAUCUCCUUCUCCUUGUAAAAUAAAUCAAUCAAAUAUUUAGAAUGAGAUCAAAUAUAAAUGUAGCCAACAUAUAUUAGCACCUUUACAUUUAGUUUCAUCAAAUAAAAAUAGUUUAGAUUAGGCUUAUUGUGUUAUUAACACAAUUAAUGAUUUAGAAACAUUUUCACAGAUGAAUCUUAUAAUAAUAUACCCUUUUUAAACAGAUAUUAGAUUAUCUUAAAUUAAAAUAUAUAAUACUCAUUGUGAAUUUGGAGGAUUGUUGGCUUUUUAUUUUAAAGAUUCUUAUGUAGAUACUGAUAUUGAUUCUUUAUUGAUUUAUUAAAAUUUUUGUGGAAAAUUGGGUUGUUUAAUUUUCUAAAAUUCUAAUAAUAAUCGAAUCCUUUAGAGACAAGAAGAUCACCUUUUGAAAUAGAUAUAUAAUUUGAAAUUAGUAAAUUAUAUGUGUAUGUAUAAUAUUGGAAAUGAUGGUACUUGUUUAUAUGUUGCAAAUUUGAGUACUAUAAUAAAAUCAUCAGUAUUAAAACACAAUAUAGCUUAAACUUCAGGUGGUUCAAUUACAAUCUUAGGAAAUAAAAAAUUCUUAUUAUAAGAAUCAUUUAUAAUGAAUAAUACUGCAAAUUUUGGAGGAGGCCUGUCUAUUAAUAGUUUUAAGACUAAUCAAUUUUAUAAAUAGAAGAGUAUUAUUGAAGAUAACAUUGCUAAACUUUUUGGAAAUAAUUAUGCUUAGAUUCCAAGUUAAUUAACAAUUUCUUUUGAUAGAACUACAGGAUUAGAAAAAGUUAAAAUUGUUAAUAAAGAGAAUUUGCUUAUUGAGUAGAUUGUAAUUAAACCCUAUGUACUUUUUAAAGAUACAUAUUCUGAUACUCUUUAUGUACCAAAUGGAUAACCAUUAUCUAAAUAUGAGUAUUUUGAUUGGACUUAACUUAAAUAUUUUAAAUAUAAUAUGCAUUUUAGAAUCAAAGCAUUUGAUAGAUAUAAUGUUUAGUAAUAAAAUUUAGAAAAUUCAACUUGUGAAAUAAUGGGUAGAAUACUUGAAAGUAAUAAUGAGAAUUAAUUUACAUCAAAUUUUACAAAUAUUCCUAAAGUUGUUUUUGAUAAUUAUGAUUAUAAUUUAGAUGAUAUAAUUGUCUAUUUAGAUGACUAAUUAAAUUUGACAUUGUAACUAUAAUUUUAAUGCACUUCUGUUAAAAUUCCAAUUUAUAAUGAUAAUUUAGAAAUAAUAGAUUUCCAUAAUAAUUAUUUCCUUCGUAUUAAUUUAAAGACUUUGCCUUGUCAAUUUGGAGAAACGAAAAAUCAAACUUCAGGUAUUUGUGUCCUUUGUAAUGCCACUUAGGGAUGGUAUUCUUUAACAAUUAACUCUGAUAAAUGUUCAAUUAAGGAUGAACUAAAAGUAAAAGAAGUUACUUCUGCAAAAUUGAAUUUAAAAUAUGGAUUUUGGAGACCUUAUUUUAAUAAUGAUAUAAUUAAUGAAUGUAUCAACUUAAUCGAUAAUUGUAAUGGAGGAUGGGAAGUAGGGGAUACUUCAUGUUUUUAAGGUCAUGUUGGAGCUUUGUGUGAAGAAUGUGAUCUCUAUAAUUUAAGAGGAGAAGGACAUUACUCAACCAGUAAUAAAUAUUAAUGUAGUCCAUGUACUGAUUAAGAAUUGAAUUCUAUUCUUAUUUCUCUUAUUAGUUUUUGGUAAGAAUACAAUAUAUUUUAGGACAAUAAUAUCUGCAUUGAUAUCAGUUAGAGGCACGGUUACUUUAAUUGAAGAGAUGGCUAUUAAAAUAUAUAUUUCACAAUUUAGAUUGUUAUUAACUAACUAAGAUUCUCAAUCAGGAAUUUUAAUUAAAAUGUUAACAAAUCAUUUAUAAAUAGUUUCAACAAUAACAACUUUUAAAUUUAAAUUACCUUAAUAAUUAAAUAAUGCUGUAAAUUCAUCAGCAAAUCCUAUCUAAAAAAUGACUUUUUCACUUGAUUGCUUUUUAAUUUUUAUAUUUUCUUUAGAUAUUCAUUAUUCAAGAAUGAUUUGGUAAUUAGUUUUACCAUUAAUUUAUAUCACUUUAUUUUUAGGAUGCUAUUUGAUUGGAGUAUUUAUAAAAUUUUUAAAGUAUAAAGUAAGUGUAAUUACUACAACAUUUAUAUAUUUGUACAUUUAUGUUUAACCUAAUUUAAUUGGAGGAUUUAUUUAAUUAAUUUCCUUUCGUUAAAUCUCUGGAUUUAAUUGGAUUUAAGCUAAUGUUGCAUAUAGGUAUGAUACAAAUCCCCAUUAUUUUUGGUUAACAACUUUCUGUCUUCCAUUAUUGUUAUUAAUUGCUAUUUUAAUUCCAAUCAUUUUAUAUUUAGGUAUGUACUUUAACAAAAAUAAAUUGAACACAAAAAAUAUGAGAUAACGUCUUGGUUAUUUGUAUAACGAAUAUAAAAUUACAGCAUAUUUUUGGGAAAUUGUUAAAAUUUUCGAAAAAGAAUUAAUUAUCAUUUUUUUAAGCUAUUAUGAUGAUAAUAUUAUUAAAAAAGGUAUCCUUGUAUUUUUAACAGUUUAUCUUUAUUGGGAACUCAAUAUUAAAUAUUAACCAUUUAGUUCAAAAAAAUUGAAUAAAUUAGAUGCCUAUUCUGCAUAAAUUUGUUAAUUAUCUAUAAUUUUUGGACUUGGAAUAUAUAUAGAAUAAAUAAGUGAUGUAAUCGAAAUUCAAAUACCUUUUUUAAUUAUUCUUGCUUAUCUUAAUAUUCAUUUUUUAUUGAAACUAUUAUUAGAAAUUAUAAGUUAAUAUGUAAAAAACCUUGAAGUACAACUUGAUUCUAUAAGAGACUUUAUAAGAACUAAAGCUCCAUGGACAUUAAAAUAUAGAUUCCUACAUUUAUAGCUUUUAAAUAGAUAAUAGUAAAGAGCGAGAGUAAUUAAAAAAUUUUAAAUAUUAAAAAAACAUUUAUUGUUAAAAGCCAAACAAAUUGUAUAAAUUAAAUCUUAAUACAAUAUCUUUAAUGAUGAAGAUGUAAAGAAAAUCAUUAAUAAUUGCAGUUAAUAGAAGUAAUAGAUUUUAUUAAUUUAGUCAAAAUAAUAACAAUGCUGAAUAUUAGACAAUAAAUAGUAAAAUUGAAUCCCAAGGUAAAUUAAGAAUAGAAUAAGGAUGA